AUGACUACUGCUGUUAGGCUCUUACCUUCACUGGGCAGAACCGUUCACAAGAGGUCUCUCUACCUACUCUCUGCUGCUGCUGCUGCUGGCGCUGUUGCUACUUUUGCUUACUCACAAUCCCAUAAGAGGUCGUCGUCUCACGGGGGUGGGAGUAAUAACGGAUGGAACAACUGGGGAAAAGCAGCUGCUCUAGCUUCCGCUACACCCCUCGUUCAUGUUGCAUCCGUCGAAAGGGGAAGGUCGUACGAGGACUUCCAAAAAGUGUACAACGCCAUCGCGCUCAAACUGAGGGAAGAUGACGAAUAUGACAACUAUAUAGGUUACGGUCCCGUGUUAGUGCGUCUUGCUUGGCAUACGUCCGGGACUUGGGACAAGCACGACAACACUGGCGGGUCCUACGGUGGUACAUACAGAUUCAAAAAGGAGUUCAACGAUCCAUCGAACGCGGGCUUGCAGAACGGGUUCAAGUUCCUGGAGCCCAUUCAGAAAGAGUUUCCUUGGAUCUCCUCAGGCGAUCUGUUUAGUCUAGGGGGUGUCACUGCUGUGCAGGAAAUGCAGGGCCCCAAGAUUCCAUGGAGAUGUGGUAGAGUGGACACACCAGAGGAUACCACUCCUGACAACGGGAGACUGCCCGAUGCUGAUAAGGACGCUGACUAUGUCAGAACAUUUUUCCAAAGACUCAAUAUGAAUGACAGAGAGGUCGUGGCUCUUAUGGGGGCUCACGCUCUGGGCAAGACCCACCUGAAGAACUCUGGGUACGAAGGGCCCUGGGGAGCGGCUAACAACGUCUUUACCAAUGAAUUUUACUUGAACUUGCUGAAUGAGGACUGGAAAUUGGAAAAAAAUGACGCCAACAACGAACAGUGGGACUCCAAGAGUGGCUACAUGAUGUUGCCCACCGACUAUUCUUUGAUCCAGGAUCCCAAGUACCUAAGCAUUGUGAAAGAAUAUGCUAAUGACCAGGACAAGUUCUUUAAGGACUUCUCCAAAGCUUUUGAAAAAUUGUUGGAAAACGGCAUCACUUUCCCUAAAGAUACGCCUAGUCCAUUCAUCUUUAAAACUUUGGAAGAACAAGGUUUAUAG